AUGCCACCGAAAAAGAAGGCCAAGCCGACAAUCCAAGUACAGGAAACAGUCUCGCCUGGAGAUGGCAAAGUAUUCGUUACUCGAGACUUGACUCCGCUGGCUCAAGCUCAAGCUAUUGUCGAGAAAUCACGAACUGCCCAAAAAGAAUGGAAAUCCGUCCCCCUAAACGAACGAAUCCGUAUCGUAACAGCCUUCGUCGAUGACUUUGUAUCCAAAAAAGCCGAAAUAGGCCCCGAACUCACAUCCCAAAUGGGCCGUCCCAUAAAAUACGGUCCCAACGAAGUAAAAGGAUUUGAAGAACGUGCUCGAUACCUAAUCUCAAUCGCUGAAGAAUCACUACAAGAUGUCAAACUCCCUAAAAAGGAUGGAUUCAAUCGAUAUAUCAAACGAGAGGCGUUGGGAGUCGUUAUGGUUAUUGGGGUGUGGAAUUACCCGUAUCUCGUAACGGUCAAUGCAGUCAUUCCAGCGAUCAUUGCUGGAAACUCUGUCGUGCUCAAGCAGGCUCCUCAGACUCCCUUGUGUGCUGAGAGAUUUGCAGAGAGCUUCAAGGUCGCUGGGUUGCCGGAUGGUGUGUUUGAGUAUAUUCACAUGUCCAAUGAGACUUGUGAUGAGUUGAUUUCCACAGACGGGAAUUUCGAAUUUGUUCAAUUCACAGGAUCAGUCCGUGGUGGAAAAGAAAUUGCCAAGGCUGCUAGCUCGACUAUGGCUGGUGUUGGUUUGGAACUGGGUGGUAAUGAUCCAGCAUAUGUUAGAGCUGAUGCUGAUCUCGAUUAUGCAGCUGAUAAUAUCGUUGACGGAGCACUAUACAACUCUGGACAAUCAUGCUGUGCAGUCGAACGAGUAUACGUACACGAAAAAGUAUUUGACGAAUUCGUGAAAAAGGCUGUUGAUAUUGCCAAGGCGUAUAAACUCGGCGAUCCAAUGGACGAGACCGUCACUUUGGGCCCAGUUAUAUCUGCUCAUGCUGCAACAAACAUCAGAGCUGCUGUUAAAGAAGCUCUUGCCAAGGGCGCAAAAGCAAUGAUUGAUGAAUCCGGCUUUCCCAUGGCAAAGGCCAAAACACCAUAUGUUGCACCACAAGUCCUCAUUGAUGUUGAUCAUACCAUGAAAGUCAUGACUGAUGAGACGUUCGGUCCCAUCUUGCCCAUAAUGAAGGUCUCGUCAGAUGAAGAGGCUAUCCGACUGAUGAAUGAUUCGCAGUUUGGGUUGACUGCUAGUGUUUGGACGCGAGAUGAGAAAGCUGCUGUCAUGAUUGCUGAUCAAAUUGAAGCUGGAACAGUAUUCGCAAAUAGAUGCGACUAUCUCGAUCCCGCCCUCACUUGGGCAGGUAUGAAAAUGAGUGGACGUGGUGUCACAUUGUCGACAUACGGAUACGAUUCUUUGACGCGACCAAAGUCAUAUCACCUAAAAGCACAUCCAUAA